AUGAAUUUUUUAAGAAGCAGGAAAGGACAAGGGGAUAAUGUGAAUAAUUCCCCUGAGAAUGAAAAAGAAAAAAAAAAAAAAAAAAAUUGGGUAAAAAUUGCGUUUAAUUAUGUCAAAUAUUUUAUAGAUAACAAAAUUAAGAGUAAAUAUAAAUACUCUUUUUUUAUUGGAUUAUUUAUUGUUUUUUUAAUUUUUAUUGGAUUUUUUCAAGUGGUACUAGAAUUUGUUCACACACAUUUUUACAAAUUUAAAUAUAUUGAUAUGUCAGAUACAGAAAAAGUACGGGAAGUCUUUUUUAGCAAUAAACCAUAUUUAGUUUAUUGUAAAAAUGAUAAACAGGAAAGUAUUCAUCCAGUUAUAAAUUCAAGUAGAUCAAAUUAUCCAGACAUUCUCAAUAUAGCUAUUAUUAAUUGCAAAAGCUUGUUACCAAGUAAUCAAAAUGUAUAUGAACGUUUUAAUAUGGACCCCAAAACGAAAGCAUUUGUUGUAUGUUAUGGAAGAAAACCGAAACCAAUUACACUUAAUAUGUUAAAUAAUAAAAAAAAAUUUGUAUCAUUUGUACAAGAGGCAUUAGUAUUUAGUGUUCCAUUUUUUACAAAAUUUCCCCAAUUUCAAACCAAAUGUUUAAAUAAAAAUAAAAAAUGUAUUUUAUUUAUAAGCGGAAUUCACAUGACUAAUAGAAGUAACAAAUAUAAUUACAUUAACGAUAUUUUUGUUAAUAAUAAAUAUUUUGAUGUAAGCCCCAUGAUUCUUGAUAAUAGAAAAUUUUUACUUAAAUUAAGUGAUGAGGUAUUUACAUCCUAUUCAAAAAAAAGAGACAUUCAUGUUCUUUGCCUUUUCAAUCAUAACGAAGCAGGCGUAGAUAAUUACUAUGGAUAUUUUUACAAGCACGAUUUUGAAGAUUUUACAAAACUCUCAUCCUUUGUGGCAAAUUGCAUCAAAGCUACCAAUAAAACCAAUGAAGCAAUCAAACUAUCGGCCGUUCCACAAAUUAAAUAUCGAACUAGUAAGAAGAAGUAA